AUGCAGCAAGCAAGCGGCCCUCCAGCGCUGGAGGCGCUGCCACAAGCACCCGACGCCAGCCCGCUUGCGCCCGCGGAGCCGAAUCAGCAGCUGCAUGCGGAGCCCCAGGAGCGUCUCGGAGGCUCGGCCUGCGACGGACAUAAGCCCGCGGUCAUCGCCGGCAG